UACAGCUGCUGCAGAUCGGGCGUGAGUUGCAGACGAGAGGCGAGAAGUCUGAGACCUGCUGCUGUCGGGAGCGCAGGGAAAUCAUGGAUAAGCCCGAAAAUCCGCCGCUGUAGGAUCGACCAGGCCGCUGGCGAGCCGGAGGACAGGCAGGGAAAACUUUAUAUACCACCGCUGCAGAGACCGAGACGGCGGAGGGCUUCCCCCGGUCCCUCCCUGCUGGAAGAAAUGUGGCUGAACCCGGAGGAAGUUCUUCUAAAAAACGCUUUGAAGCUCUGGGUUACCGAGAGGAGCAACGACUUCUUCCUCCUGCAGAGGAGGAGAGGCCACGGAGAGUCGACAGGCAAGAUCACAGGUCUCCUAGUGGGAGCUCUGGACACGGUCCUGGACUCAAAUGCCAGAGUCACGCCCUUCCGCAUCCUCCUCCAGGUUCCUGGCUCCCAGAUCAGCUGGGUGAUCGCCAGUGGAGCUGCCAUAGAGGAGGUGAACAAGCACUGGGACUGGCUGGUACACAAUCUGCUUCACUCUCUGUCUGUGUUUGAGAACAAGGAGGAUGUUGCCAGCUUCGUCAGAGGAAAAGUCAAGGGCCUUAUUGCAGAGGAGGUUCGGGGCCGCCAGGCUGCCCAGGAGGAGGAUCCUGAGAAGUUCAGGGAGGCGCUGCUGAAGUUCGAGCUGCACUUUGGCCUCCCGUCAUCCGAGAAGCUGGUGACGUACUACUCGUGCUGCUGCUGGAAGGGCCGGGUGCCUCGGCAGGGCUUCCUCUACCUCAGCAUCAACCACAUGGCCUUCUACUCCUUCCUGCUGGGAAAGGAAGUCAAAUUUGUCAUUCCCUGGGCAGAUGUGACACGGUUGGAGCGGGUCUCCACCGGUCUGAUGACAGAGGCGAUUCGGGUCAGCACACGGCAGCGGCAGAGGGAGUUCUCCAUGUUCCUGAACCUGGAUGAGGCGUUCGGGGUCAUAGGUCAGCUGGCUGACAUUGCCCUCAGGCGGCUGCUGGACAGCGAAGGCCUGGAGCUGGACCGAGUCCUGCAGCAGCCCACACGCAUCACCAAGAGGAUCCUAGAGGAACAGGCGUUGAGGGAGUACGUCCUGGCUCUGUUUCGGCUCCCUCGUGGUGAACAACUCCACGAGGUGGUCUCCUGUUCGGUGUGGACACCGCAUGCCCGCUGCCACACGGCCGGGACUCUCUACACCACCGACAGCUAUCUGUGUUUCUCCAGCCGGGAAGAAGGGAACUGCAUUCUGCUCAUCCCCCUCUCAGAGGUGUUAUCUAUAGAAAAAGCGGAGAGCACCAGCCUGCUUCCAAACCCCGUCAUAGUGAGCAUUCGGACGAAGAAGGCUUUCCAGCUGAUCGAGCUGCAGGACAGAGAUGAGCUGGUGGAGAGCCUGAACUCCAGACUCAGAACUCUGCACUGGAAACAGUCCAUGUUCCGUGGCAAGAGAGAAGGCAGGAGGAGUUUGCGCUCCCCAACACCUUACUACACGUUCUACUACGACACUGGUUAUUCUGAUGAAGAAGAGAAGGAGGAACAGGUUCUGCGUAAUACUGUCAACAGCGAGGCUCUGAUGACGGCCUUCCACCAAAACCAGCCAGGAGCAAAUGGCAACAAGAGCAUGGAGCAGGUGAAGGAGCGGCUGUGGGAUGAUCAUUUCUCAGAGUUUGGUCGUGGCGUCCACAUGUUUCGCACAGAGAAGAUCCAAAGACUUGUUGCCAUGGGGAUACCAGAGUCUCUGCGAGGGGAGCUGUGGAUGACGCUUUCUGAUGCAUCCUCGGAGCUUGAGUCUCAUCAGUGCUAUUACACCUGCCUGGUGCAGAAGUCAAUGGGCCACAGCAACCUCGCCACAGAGGAGAUAGAGAGGGACCUUCACCGCUCCCUGCCGGACCAUCCGGCUUUCCAAAACCCCACCGGCAUCGCUGCGCUCAGGCGCGUCCUCACCGCCUACGCUCACCGCAACCCAAAGAUCGGAUACUGUCAGUCUAUGAACAUCCUGGCAUCUGUGCUGCUGCUGUAUGCCAAAGAGGAAGAAGCUUUCUGGCUGCUGGUGGCUGUUUGUGAGAGGAUGCUGCCCGACUACUUCAACCGCAGAGUCAUAGGAGCUCAGGUGGACCAGUCGGUGUUUGAGGAGCUGAUCAGGGAGCGUUUGCCGGAGCUGGCUGAGCACGUUCCAGACCUCUCCUCCCUCUCCUCUGUCUCCCUCUCUUGGUUCCUCACCCUCUUCCUCAGCGUCCUUCCCUUCCACAGCGCCGUCUGUGUGGUCGACUGCUUCUUCUUCCACGGAAUCAAAGCUAUCUUCCAGCUGGGUUUGGCUGUGCUGGAGGCCAACGCCGCUCAGCUCUCUGCCAGCACUGAUGAUGGACAGGCACUUAUGAUUCUCACAAGUUUUCUGGACCAGGUUGGAAGUGAAGAGUCGUCUUCACCUCCGUCCUCGCCGCCUGGUGCACAGGAGAGUGGCAGUGGCGGUGGCGACAUCACUGAUAUUCCCGCUGUGGUACACACAAACAUCACUGACCUCAUCAACGAAUCCUACGAGAAAUUCGGAGACCUGACAGUGAGGCAGAUUGAGAGGCUUCGCUGUCGACACAGAGUCCAAGUGCUGCAGGCGCAUGAAGACACCACCAAAGAAAACGCUCUGAGAUUGGUGGCUCCAGAUGUUUCCAUCCCUCCAGAGAACCUGGCCGAUGUUUAUGACCUCUUCAAGACAGAGCACCUCAUCAGUUUGUACUGGGGUGACAGCGCUUCUGCAGCAGCGGCGGAGGCGGCAGCGUGGCAUUACAGCGACUCUGGCCGCUCCUACAUGGAGAGGCAGUACCGGCUGGACCGGCCCCAGUUUAAGAGCCUGUAUGGGCUGCUGGUUCCGUGGCCCGGCGGCUCAAACCAGCACACCGACACGGUGGCCAACCGCACCUUCACCCUUCUAGACCAGGACUGCGACAACCUGGUCACCUUUAGAGAGUUUGCUGUCUGGCUGGACACUUUGUACUGUGAAGAGCUGAACGAGAAAGUAAGGCUGCUGUAUCGUCUUCACAUCCCACCAGCUCUGACAGAAAGUGAGGAUGACCCUGCUGUGAUGAAGAGCCCUCUGCUGUCCACCAACAGACCCCUCCAUGUCAACCUGCCCUCUGGUGUUGAAGGUGAAGUGAAAGAUUACCAGGAGCAGCUGAAGCAGAUGCUGCAGGAUCUGGCCAAAGAAAAGGAAAAGGGUGUGGAGAAGCCUCUGCCGCUCAUGAACCAGCGGGAGUUCAUCCAGUUCUGUAAAACACUCUACAGCAUGUUUCACAGCGACCCGGAGGAGAACGACCUCUUCCAGGCCAUCGCUACAGUCACCAGUCUUGUGCUGCAAAUCGGCGAGGCUGGCCACCGCGGCCAAAGCUCAGGGUCAGAGGCCAGCGGCCGAGAGGAGGUGAAAGGAGCACAGCCCACAGAGGUGGCCGCUGAAGAUGCCGGGGCUAGCGCCAGCCAAGGCAACGGGAGUUUGGCGGCAGAGAAGGAGUGGACGGUCAGCUACGCUCAGAUCCUGGCGUCGCUCCUGACCGAACAGGCGCUGGUGAACUUCUUCGAGAAGCCGGUGGAUCUCUCUGCGAAAAUCGCAGAGGCCAAGGAGAAGCAGUAUCACCAGCGGGCAGGUUUGCUCACACUGCAGCAAGGGACCAGGUGACUCAAAUGUGAACAGUGGACUCUGAGCCACAACAAAAGCCAAACUCCUUAUGAAGAAAACCAGAAUAUCAGUAUCAUUUGACAGAAUGCGACAGAACAAGGCUGCUUCAAAUUUUGAAGCCAGCCAAGAAGCGUAAGAGCCUUAAAGUAAUCUGUGACAUUUGACUGCCUAGCAGCACAACAGCCUGAGACGCCCUGAUCUACUUCUGCCUGUAACUGACAACAGAAAACAGUUUUUACCAGAAUCUUUUGAGCCACAAAGACAGUUUUCAAGCUCCAGACGACAGCAGCAGGCCACGUGACGGCCCACAGUCAUUUUGUGAUGAUUAGACUGUGUUGUGAUUAAAUAAUCUGUCACCACUUUCACUUAUGCAGCAAGUGUUUAUGACUUGUUACUGAUAUUAAAGGUUAAUAUUAUCAUUUACUAAUACUUUACAGAUCCGUAAGAAGCUGUUCAUUUGGUUGAUUUGUUUCACCUUUAUAUUAAGCCAACAUCCAAAGUUAGUGAGUAAUCUGCUAUUAGAAAUGUAAACUAGUUAAUAAUAAAAUCAUUUUACAACAAUCCAGACUCUCACUUUUCCAGAGGGUCAGAGGUCAAACAUUCCAUGGGAGUGGGUAUCCCAAUAAACUAAAGAAGUCACUUGUCUUAAAAAGACUGCUGGAGCAGACUAAAGGCUACUAUCAUUUAUCUAUAAAGUAUUAGUGAAUGAUAUAAGUCAUAAACUCUUUAUAAAGGCUGCCUUAUCAGAAAGUUGCACUAAUAAUCAUUACAAACAACGGUGCAGCAUUAAGGACAAAUCUAGCAUGUAUUGAGUUUUCUUUUUUACUGAUUUUAUAACUUCUGUCUGUUUUAAUUUCAAAUGUUUUCACAUCCACACCCCAAUUAAAGAUGUUUUUUUUUUUUUUUUUUUUUUUUUUUUUUUUUUCACUUUUUCAGAAUACUGGAAAAUAAUAUAGUGAUCUAGAACAUUUGCAGAACAAAGACAACACUGGUGAAAGUGUGUUUCAAUUAAAACGCAUUGCAUAAAGAUGUCACUUCUUUUUUUUUCUUGGCUGAUAAUCAGACUGAACAUUUUGCUUUCAGUUCUUUAUUCAGUCUGACUGAGCUGUUUCCUGUUUGCGAGAGGUUGUUAUUUUGUCCUUCCCAUCACUGACCCAAAAACUACAGUAGUAGUUGCCAGGAGGGACGACUUACAACAAUCUGUACAGCUGUGUCGAUCACUCGCUGGUCACCAUUUUUGUGCCCAUUUUUCAGUCUUAAUUUUUCUGGCUCUGGCACAGCAAGGUGGCAUCCUUACUCAUAAUCACACCUACCUACUGGAAAAAGUCGUCUGUGAGCUCAACACCAGAGAUGUGGGCAGCGAUUCAGACGUCUGAAACAAGGGUAGAGCAAAAACCACGUUAAUGCUUGGCGGCCAAGU